AAGCGUCACCAUGCUAGAUUUUUUGCUGUCGAUCAGAAAGACCAAAAAGGGAAGAGCAGGAAUAUCCCAGCAGGUACAGUUUUUGGUAACUGAGUCUGUAUUAGUCUUGCUGGUAGUAAAACAGUAGUAAGUCUGUUACCGUCAUCAAUAUUGUAACAAGGUGAUAACAACUUGUUCCGGACUUGUUACAACAACUGGGAACAAGCAGUGUACAACUUUGUAGGUGGGAUUCACUUAGUGCGACACUUUCUAAAAGGAAAGAUAGUUAUAAAGUGUCCAAAUGGUGUUUAUGUCAUGGGUUGAAGAGCAAAUACAUGUUAUGGAAACACUAAGAAGAAUCAUUUGCUUGCUCUCAGUGCCAAUCAUUUGUGAGCACCAUAUGUGUAGAUCAUAUAUAACACUUAACUGAAACCCACAAUGUAAAUAAGUUAGCGAGUGUUAAUUAAGUCAGCAAUUUUAUGAUCAUUGUUAUAUAGGUACAGUGGUUGAUACACAGAUCUGUCAUCCGUUUGAAUUCAAUUGGUAUCUAUGCAGCCAUGCUGGUAUACAAGGUACCAGCAAACCAGCACUCUACCAUGUAUUGUAUGAUGACAGCGAUUUCAAGUCAGACGACUUACAGAUUCUAACAUAUCAGUUGUGUUACACCUAUGUGCGGUGUGCAAGGUCGGUAUCCAUCGUCGCCCCGGGCGCCCACCAUGUUGCGUUCAGAGCCAGACAUCAUUUGAAGAUGGACAGUAGCACUGAAGGAAGUACGGUAUCUGAUGAUUCAGGACCCAAAGAAAUCACCCAAGAAAUGAGAAAUUUGGCCAGUGUUCAAACAUAA